AUGGGAUGUAUAUAACAAAAGGAUCAUCAUAUGAAGCAGUUCAACAUAAAAUUACCCGAUUCAAGUACAUGAUGUAAAAUAAUUUUAGUAAAUCAAACAACUCUUUUGACUGAUUUAGACCUAUCUGAUUCUUAAGAUUAAUAUUUAUAGAUAGGAAUAAAUCUAAGCAGUAUAGGAGAAUUGCAUCCUAAUGUUUAAAAAGUAUAUGAAGAAUUAGGAGAUUUAUUUCCUAAUCUAUAAGGUCAAUACUUAAUGAUGCCUGAUUAAAGUAUUUAUUUUGGUUAAAUAUCAAAUGGUAAAAGAAAUGGAUAAGGAAAACAACAUUGGUAAAGAGAAGGGAAUUUUAUGGAAGGGUAUAUUUUAUUGUAUAAACUUUAUAAGGACUUGGAUCGAUAAUCAAUUAAAUGGAAGAGCAAGAAUGAUUUAUCCAAAUGGAGAUUAGUAUUAUAUUAUAUUGAUAAUUGUUUAGUUUUGAUGGAAAUUUUGUUAAUAAUAUGGCAAAUGGUUAAGGCAAAUUUGUGAAUUAAAGAAAAGAAAUGAGAGGAUUUUGGUUUAAUAAUAAAUUAAUUGGAGAAGGCACUGAAAUACGUAAAAAUGGGACAAUCUAUGUUGGAUAAUUUUAAGAUGGCAAAAUUCAUGGUUAAGGUAAAUUUGAAUUUGCAAAUGGUUGUGUUUACAAAGGCAAUUUACAUAAGGGAAAGAUGCAUGGUAAUGGAGAACUUAUUUUUAAUGAUAAUUCAAGAUAUAUUGGUGAAUUUAGAAAUAAUUGUAUUUAAGGAAGAGGAAUAUAUGAAGCUAACUAUCCAAUUCAUGGUUGGGUAAUAAUUUAAUUUUAUUUUAUUUUAGUUUCACUCAAAAUAUGAAAAUUAAACAUUGUUUCUCUAUUUUUUCAGGUAAGAAAUACCAGUCUAAUUUAAUUAACAUGAUUGCACUCUAAUUUAGAAAUAAUUAGAUACUUUUUUUGAUUGA